AUGGGCCACAAGUUCUCCGUCGUGAAGGGUGUCAAGUCAGAAGAUUUCUACAAGCAGGGGAACGCCAUCAACGAAAUUUGGGUAGGAGAUUUCGAGAUCAUCUCCAGACUCCCCUUUGGCGAUUCCGAUAUUGGCCAGGCUGGUUGGCCACUGGGCACUUGGCCCAAGAUUCCGUGGCAUCAGUUCAUCAUUCCUUUGAAACGAGAUCUGAACACUGUUCGGUGCCGCAGUCUCAAGUGCCGUGGCAACUCAAUUGCGAAGCCUUCGCCAAUCUGCGAAAACCCGUUCCUCUUCACCUGCCUCGGACUGCUGCUGUUCCUUCUACUAGCGGCUGUUGUCGGUGUCGUCCUAAUGGUGUUGAAACACAGACGAGCUCGUUCAACGCGCCGUCGGAAUUUGCAAGCGGAAAAGGCAUCGUCGGCUUUGCCUGCAUGA